AUGGUCCACUGGGCCACUCAUCUGGUGACAUGUGUCUGGAUACAGGCUCUAAUGUCUUCUGCAUUAGAAACUUGUCCCCCAACGGCUCCCAUCGCUGUGGACUUCUCAGUGCCGUACCCCAUGCCUUACUUCCAGACCCACAAUCCCAUCCAGAACAUAGUUACCAACUCCCUUUUCCAAGAAGUCUAUGUGGCCUCUCAGAAUGUCAUUGAGGCGGUGAACAUCACUCUAGGUAAACUUUGGGAACUCCAUACGGGACCCGUGGGCAGUCCGGAGUGUGAGAUAUGCAAUUUGUGUGAUAUCGCAAGAGAUCCCUUCCGUGAGGACACAGACAACGAGGUGUUGCUCCUAGACACGUUCUUGAUGUACUUGUACUCGUGUGGAAGCUCCCAGUAUGGAGUUUGCUAUUUCCAUCAACUCCGUGAAAAUGGAAAGCCCCCUGGGCCAUCAAAGUGUUUAUUCCGGAAGAAGUUCAACUCUCCGCAGUUCUGUCCGGAUUGCAUCGCUAGUCCUUUGGGAACUAAAGUCUCCAUGGUGGAAGAGGGCCAAACGGUGUACUUCUUUGUCGCGGCAACGGUGAACAACAGCGUAACACAAAAAUAUGGUCGCAUGUCCAUUUCCGUACGCCGACCGGUUGCAACCGAGGACGGUUUUUACACCGAUGUCAGAGGGUUGACGGUGUUGCCUGCUCUACGGCAGACAUACAGCAUUGAGUACAUCUACAGCUUCUACACGCAGGACUUCGUCUACUUCUUGUCUGUCCAACGAGAGAAAACCAACUUGGACUCGUCGCCCUUUCAGACAAGACUAGGCCGUCUGCCCCGCCACGAGUGGGAGAUGCGACGCUACCGUGAAAUUGUUUUAGAAUGUCGCUUUGAGCCCAAAAGGCGAAGGAGAAGCAAUGGCAGCGAACCUUUCAAAGAUGUGGUCUACAACGUGGUUCAAGCAGCCCACUUUGGCAAAGCUGGACGGGAGCUCGCCGAUGAGCUGGGUGCUGAAGAAGAAGAGGAUAUCUUAUAUGGUGUAUUUGCUGUAACCGAUGACUCGGGCGUUCCUGAACACGAUUCAGCACUUUGUGCAUUUCCGAUGGAUACGGUAAACACGGCAAUAGAUGAUGGAGUAGAGGACUGUUGCAAGUCAGGACCAGAGCAGCUUUCCAGAGGUCUUUGCCAUUUUCAGCCCUGUGAGAGCUGCCCACAUGAGAGCAUGGAGCACAAUAUGACCUGCAGAGAUCAGCCCACCCUGGUGUCUCAGCCAUGCUACAGAGUCGACCUCUUCAACAGACAGAUGAGAGGUGUUCUGCUCACUUCACUGCUGGUCACCAGCAUCGAGAACAAGACAGUGGCUCAUAUAGGCACAUCAGACGGGAGACUCCUGCAGCUUGUCCUGAGAAGGUCCAGCCCCAUUAUCUUUGCUAAUUACUCCCUUGUAGAGAACCAGAAGGUGUCGUCUACCGCAGCGGUUCUCUCCCCGGACCAUCUACUGUUUGUGGUUGGAGAUAAGAUGAUUCAGGUGCCUCAGAGAGGUCCGGGUUGUCGGCACUUCCUCACAUGCGCCAUGUGUCUGAUUGCACCAAAGUUCAUGGGAUGUGGCUGGUGCUCGGGUCAGUGCACCUGGGCUUCGGAGUGCAGGAAACACUGGGGAAAUGAGUCCUGUCCGCCCGGCAUCACAGAGUUUUUCCCCAAAACAGCACCCCCUGAUGGUCAGAGUGAGAUGACUCUGGCCGUUUUAUUCAAAAAUCGCCUGUCUUACUUUUCCCAUAGUCGUUCACGUAAUAAUAGUGUGGAUUUAUGUCCCUUAGGAGACUACAGACGUGUGCCCCUCACAACCAUCCCUGCACCUACUGGGGCCGUGGCGUUCCCCGGCCUGGCCUACACAGGCACCCUGGACACAACCCUGACCCCUCUCAUGCCCCCAGAGAAGAUCUCCAUCACCAGUUUCCGCCCUGAGCUGCUGGAGGAGGUGAAGGACGUACUGAUCCCAGCCUCCAUGCUCAAGGUUCACCACCACCAGAUCAUCGGAAAAGGACACUUUGGGACAGUUUACCAUGGUUACCUCACUGACCACAACAACAGAGAAAUCCAUUGUGCUGUGAAAUCUCUUAACAGAAUAACAGAUGUGGAAGAAGUGGAGCAGUUUCUGAAAGAGGGCAUUCUGAUGAAGGGAUUUCAUCACAGUAAUGUCCUCUCUCUGCUGGGUAUUCUGCUUCCUGAAGAGGGACUUCCCUUGGUGGUCUUACCUUAUAUGAAACACGGAGACUUGCGUCAUUUCAUUCGCUGUGAGAAGAGGAAUCCCACAGUUAAGGAUUUGAUUGGCUUCGGGCUCCAGGUUGCUAAAGGAAUGGAGUAUCUAGCACAAAAGAAAUUUGUACACCGGGAUCUGGCAGCACGCAAUUGCAUGCUUGAUGAAUCCUACACUGUAAAGGUGGCAGACUUUGGAAUGGCUCGAGAUGUGCUGGAGAAGGAGUACUACAGUGUUCAGGACCACAGGAAAGCCAAAUUACCCGUCAAAUGGAUGGCCAUUGAGAGCCUGCAGACGCAGAAGUUCACAACCAAGUCAGAUGUGUGGUCUUUUGGGGUUUUAAUAUGGGAGAUGCUCACACGAGGAGCCAGUCCGUAUCCUGAAGUUGACCCAUAUGACGUCACACAUUACCUUCUAAAGGGCCGACGGCUGCCUCAGCCACAAUAUUGUCCAGAUCCAUUAUUCACCAUUAUGUUACAGUGUUGGGACCCUGACCCUGAGAGGAGACCAACUUUCUCCACGCUAGUGUCCGCAGUGAUGAGUAUUCUGUCCAGCCUGGAGGGGGAGCACUACAUCAGCCUGAAGGUCACAUACGUCAAUCUGGACCAGCCCCGCCCCUACCCUGCCCUAACAGACUCUGCUGAUGAAUACGAUUCGUCAGAUGCCGAUGAUGCAGGCUCAGUCUCUAGCUGAUUGACCAAAUGGUUCGAUACUUGCGUUUUAGGCCUUGCUGACACAACAGUGUCUAGGUUUGAAACAGCAUGCUAGAACACUAUUUUAACAGUACCAUUUUAAAGGAAUCAUUCACCCAAAGAUGAAAAUUUGUUGAAAUUUUUCUUAGGCCAUCCAAGAUGUAGAUGAGUUUAUUUUAUCAGAUGUUUUAGAUGAGACAAAACAGAUGAUAAAAACAUCACAAUAAUCUAUAAACACUUUAAUGGUGGAUUUGUUUAUUACAA